GUGCAGGAGCCACAAAAUAAAAUAAAAAACUGUGGAAGGAGCAAAAGCUUGGGGACUAGAGAAGCUAUGUCGAUUGUUGUGGAUGUCAUUAGAGUAUCGGAUAUGGUAGCUCAAGAUGCAAACUUGAGUGGGAGUUCGAGUACUAAUAUCUACACGAGAUUGAAGAACGCGGCUCGAUAUGGGGAUACAGAAACACUCUACAAGUUGAUUGCAGAAGAUCCAAACAUUCUAGGACAUUUUGAUAAAGUGCCCUUUUGUGAGACGCCAUUACAUAUUGCAGCUGAAAAGGGGCAAACUCAUUUUGCCAUGAAAUUAAUGACUCUUAAACCGUCACUUGCUUCCAAGCUAAACGCGUCAGGUUUUAGUCCAAUGCAUUUAGCCCUGCAACACAACCACAUUCGAAUGGUGAGAGGUUUUGUGGCAAUCGACAGCAGCUUAGUCAGCAUCAAGGGAAGAGGAAGGAUUACUCCUUUGCAUCAUGUGGCUCGAGUAGGUGAAGCCGAGUUGUUGAGCGAGUUCUUGUUUGCUUGUCCGUCUUCAUUAAACGAUUUGACGGUUAAGUGUGAGACAGCUGUGCAUGUUGCUGUGAAGAACGGCCAGCUUAAGGCAUUUAAGGUUCUAUUGGGAUGGAUCAAGAGAGUAAACAAAGAGGAAAUCUUGGACUUGAAGGAUGAAGAUGGUAACACAGCCUUCCAUAAUGCUGCAUCCAUUAAUCAGACUGAGGUCAUGAAGUUGCUGGGUAAAGUCGUUAAAGUAAAAGCCAAGAACUUGGAUGGCAAAACCGCGAUGGACAUAUUUCAAACUCACCAGUCUCUUUCUUUCCCUGAAGCAAGAACCUUUCUCCACAGUGUUAAAGAAAAACUCAUUUGUCGUUCCACAACAACUCUUGGGGAAUAUUUGACCAAAAAGCUAUCGUUUAUUGAGAAACGGAACAAACUCUUGGGGAUGAGAAAUUUGACCAUGAGUAGCGACAUGUCUCUAAACACUAGCAACCGCCAUGAUGCCAUACUUGUGGUGGCUAUAUUGAUAGUAACAGCUACAUACCAGGCUGGUCUCAGUCCUCCCGGCGGAUUUUGGCAGGAGAUUAGAGAUGAUCACAAAGCUGGGGAGAUGACUAUGGACUUCUCCAAUGCCGUACAUUUUAACAUCCUCAACGGGGUUGCCUUCUUAUCAUCUCUAUAUGUGAUCAUGGUUCUCAUAAUUGGACUCCCCAAGUGGCAAUUAAUCUAUGGCUCAACAGCGGCUUUAAGUAUCGGUAUGUUAGCAUCGUACAGCACUAUAUUCCCGAAUCCAAUUGGCACUUAUAGCACAGUCCGUAUUAUGUUAGCUAUCGCGUACAUCCUCAUAUUCCCAGUGAUGAUAGUAUUCUUCAUGUCUGCUACAUUCAUGGCGUUCGUUGCUGAUAAACGUCGCCGGCACCGAGUGGACUUUCCGGCGGGCUGCUUCAGCGCACAUGAUGCACCGCGUCAUCCUUAUCUUUCAUUAUUCUUUUGGCUUUGUAUUAUCGGUGUUGUUUAUUUUAGCUGGUUUAAGCACCAAAUUUAAAAAAAAAAAAAGAAAAAAAAACUUAUUUCUCUUCUUGUUUUGAAGUAUUUGGGCUAGGCUUAACGUGUUAAACACGACUUUGUGUUCAACAAGUUAUCUGGCUUUUGCGUCUUUUCUUCUUUGUCUGUUUUUAUUGAGUCUUUGUUUUAUUUAAUAAAUUAAUAAAAAAACUAAAAAAUGGAAAUUCA